AUGGAUUUCAUCAAGACCACUUUGGCACGUGCUCUGAGUGAGUUAACUUUCCAACGCAAGUGGAUUGGCAUCAUUUGGAUGAGUAGAAAAGGAGUUUUGAUCAAAAUAGCAAAGACUGGUCCAGGCGGCUCAUACCGAGAAACAGCGGCCAGACCAUGCGGAACAGCCGGCCGAGGAACAUCUGUCCCACGAUCGGCCAACAUCCGGACACUUCAUCCGUCCCGCCUGAACGCACGGCCGAGCUUACAUACCCACCCGGGAAGCAUCAUCCCGCGGUCGGCCAAUUUGAAAUCACACAGCCGAAGCCGCGCACGACCGUGCCGAUAG